AUGGACAAGGUCAUAAGUAUCUCUGAAUCAGACUCUCAUGACAGCCCAUUCAUGGAGAUGGAAGAGUCGCCGCCUAGUCCAAGCCCAGCCCCUAAACGCGUUCAGGACGAUGGAGAUGAACAGCACGCUGCGAAAAGGCCAAAGGUCUCGGUUUCUUCUCCUAUCAAGUGCACGUGUGCUAUAUCCAGCAACUGUGUGCUCGCAGCUCAAAAUGGUGUGCGUGACUGCCGAACCACUUCAACUCCGGCCCCACGGCGCCAGAAACCAAAGACUCCCAUUAUAAACUUUCCAACGGCACUAUCAACCAAACAGCAAGCGAAGUUCAAGAGAACUCUGGAUGAGAUGACUGAGAUACUUUCCCUCUAUAUAAGGUCCAUCGAUACUCCUAGUAGUGACUUGCCAAAUAUCUUCAAUCAAAUGCGGCAUCGUGUUCAACAGCUGCCCUUUUCCGAAGCACAUCCUUCUUGCCAAGAGGGUCUGAGGUCGCGCUUUUUGAACCCAGAAUCGGGCUUUCCCGCCAUAAUCCGGGACCAUUCUAUCCCCUGGGAUAUCAGACUUGACGUUGAUGUUCUCCGCAUGCGCUGGGAGAAAGGAGACCUAGACAUUAGCUUGGACCGUGGCCUCAUCACAACAGUCACCAGAACCGUGAGCAGGAAAUUCGACACCGCAUUCCCUUUCAAGGUACCUUGCAAUCAAAUUGGAGAAGGCACCCUGCGCAACGGCCAAUGGUUUUCUUGGCAAAUUUGUGCCGUUCGCGAUGGAGCUCACGGGGAAAUUGAAGCCGGUGUCUCGAGUCAUGGUGAAAUCGCAAUCUCCAUUGUGCUGGGCUCUGGUCGUGGGUACGCAGACUCCGACCAGGGCGAGACGAUUUACUAUUCCGGCACACACGGGAAAACAGGCGUGAUCUCCGCAGGCACCAAAGCGCUCCGUGACUCGUUUACGAAAAGGAGUCCAAUUCGCGUUCUGCGCAGCUCCAGACUUCCGGCUAUUAAUCCAUAUCGUCCUGCCCAAGGUCUACGCUACGACGGCCUGUACGAAAUCGUGGAUGAGGAAAUGAUGGACGAAGAGAAGCAGCUGUAUCGGUUCAAACUUGAGCGCAUUGAAGGUCAGACGCCGAUCCGUUACCAGGGUCCUGAGAAGAGACCAAAUCCAAAGGAGCUUGAGGAAUAUGACCGGCUUCGAAAGUUUAUGACGGCCUCGAGACCCAAGAAGCCUUCCCCAUGA